GACAUUGUGUCCUCGUCGUACUUAAGUACUAUCGGGUCACUCUUUCCUGGAUCACUCCAUCAUAAGAUCCAUUACAUUUCUAUAUUUGAGCCACCAGUGUACUGGACUAUCGAUUCUGUUCAACAUCGUCACCAAGGGUGCAAAGCACGACUAUCAUCACAAAGAAUAUCCUCCUUCGCUCUCUUCCCACAAUCAAACCUGCAUCUACCACCCACACCACGCACCGGAUUUCGAAUAAGCAAAGCUCGCAAAUCAAGAAAAAACGAAAGCCAAUUUUUUUCGAACCAUUUAUCCAUCAUGUCCGAGUCCAAAAACAAGGUCCGCGUUGGUGUUGGAGUUUUCAUCCUGCACCCCUCUUCUACCCCCUCAAACCCUCUAUUCCUAAUGGGCAAACGGCUUGUUCCCCACGGCCACGACCAAUGGGCCAACCCAGGGGGUCAUCUCGAGUUCGGCGAAACACUUGAGGAAUGUGCCGUUCGCGAAGUCCUAGAGGAAACAGGACUCGUACUCCAGAAAAAUAAGAUGAAAUUUCUUACCGCGACGAAUAGUCUUAUGGAAGCGGGGCCCAGAAGAGAUGGGAAGGAAGGAAUGGAGGGGAGACACUAUGUGGCUGUUUGGAUGGUAGGCACUUGGGAUGGAAAGGGAGAGGGACCGAGAAAUCUGGAAGGGGAGAAGAAUGGUGAGUGGGAGUGGGUGGGGUUGGAGAAGACUAGGAAGUGGGCGGGGGUUGAUGGCAUGCUUUUCCAGCCAGUGAUUGAUUUGUUGAGGGAGAGGGGCGAAGUGCUGGAUUGUCUUGUUUAGGCGGCUCGAUUUUUAGGCCGAUUGUGCAUUCAUCUUUGGAGUUUGGGUCUUCUCUUGGAAUUUUCUAGGAGUUGGGGUAAUUGGUCAAUUUUUUACGGGAGGGUGUGCAGAACGUAGACUAUGUUGUAUGGACAUGGAUAGACGAGUAUGUAUAUCUUUGAAGUAAAUAUAUUUUACUAAUAGGAAAUACACCA